CGAGACGCCAUUACAGGGUGGAGAUCUGAGCUGAAAGACGAAGGUUUACUGGAACUUAAAGAAAAGCUGCAGAAACUUUGACCUGGUGAUUUCUGGUUCUGGAGGAUUUCUGUAGAAAAUGGCAGAAAACACGGCUCUGUUGGAACGUUUCCUGAACUGCAAUGUUUGUUCAGAGACGUUCAGAGAUCCUGUGUCUCUGAGCUGCAACCACAGCUUCUGUUCAAGCUGCCUGCAGAAAUUCUGGGAACAAACUGGAAACAAGAAUUGUCCCAUCUGCAAAAGGAAAUCUUCUAAGGACUUUCCAUAUGUUAACUUCUCUCUGAAGGAACUGGCUGAUUCUUUCACUGGAAGACAGAAAUCUGGAUCCUCAGAGACAGAAACAGGAGGAAAGCAGCUGAUGGUCUGCAGUAAACACCAAGAAGACACUAAACUGUUCUGUGAAGACGAGCAGAGAGCUGUGUGUCCUGUCUGUGACUUUUUUCUCCACCAGAGUCACAAAGUGGUUCCUAUUGAACAAGCAGUCAGAGAUCUGAAGCAGCAGCUGAAAUCGGACUUAGAGUCUCUGCAGGACAAGAGGAACAAACACAAACAGGUGGAGAAAACAUACGAUGAUGUGAUUCAACACUCCAAGAAGCAGCUGCUGUCCACAGAGAGACAGAUCAGAGCAGAGUUCAACAAGCUCCACCAGUUCCUGAGAGAGGAAGAGGAGUCCAGACUGGCAGCUCUGAGGGAGGAAGAGGAGCAGAAGAGGAAGACUAUCAGCAGAGAGAUGAAGAGGAUUGAGGAGCAGAUCUCCUCUCUGUCAGACAGCAUCUCUGCUGUUGAAGAAGAGCUGCAGAAAGACAACGUGUCGUUCCUCAGCAGUUAUAAAGACACUCAGAGCAGAGCCAGAGGUCAGAGGUCACUGCCAGACCCACAGGUAGUCCCAGGAGCUCUUAUAGAUGUGGCCAAACACCUGGGCAACCUGUCCUUCAUAGUCUGGGAGAAGAUGAAGGACAAGGUGAAGUUCAGUCCCGUCAUUCUGGACCCAAACACUGCAAAUGGAUGGAUGCACCUGUCUGAUGAUCUGACCAGGGUGAGUCAUGGAAACACAGAGCAGCAGCUUCCCGAUAAUCCAGAGAGAAACACUAAAUAUAACAAUGUUUUUGGUUCUGAGGGCUUCAGCUCAGGGAAACACAGCUGGGAGGUGGAGGUGGGAGAUCAUCCUGGCUGGAUAGUCGGUUUAGCUAAAGAGUCUGUUGACAGGAAGGGAAAGAUACUUGUUUCACCAAAAUAUGGAAUCUGGUGUUUAUGGCAUCGUGAUGGAAAAUACACCAACAGUGAUGGUAAAACUCUGAAAGUGAUGAAGAGUCUCCAGAGGAUCAGAGUCCAGCUGGACUAUGAUGCAGGGGAGGUUUCGUUCUACGACUGUGAAGAAAAGAGUCACAUCUACACUCACAAAGACACUUUCACUGAGAAACUCUUUGCUUAUUUUAAUGUUGGAAAAUCUGCUGAUGCCAAAACAUCUGAGAUCAAAAUCUGUUAACCUGAUAUUUCUGUUUAAAGUUCAAACUUUUCUGUUUUAAUUCCUGAGUCAUUUUGCAUUUUUAAUCA